UUUGGUCUCCGGUGUUUAUUUUGUUUAUUUUCAUUUUUUUCUUACAUCUUGUUGACUGUUAAUUGUUUCCUAUUAAAUUGAAUGAAUUGUUUUCUCUUGUAGAUUAGUUGAAUUGUUUAAAUUUCUUUAAUCAUGGAUAACGAGACUAUGGAGAUUGAAGUUGACAUCGGUCAGAUUGAUGAUCUAAUUGAUGAUUAUCAAAGUGACUCUGAGCUUAACUUGGAACCUGAUCAACCCUUGAUUAGUGAUUCAACCGAAAAUGGAAUUAGAAUUGUACUUCAAGAAGGAACCCAAUCAAACGAAAUUGUUAAGCUAAAUGAUCAACAAAUUGUUACUCUAUACAACAGCCUUGGUAUACCAACAGAUGAAUCCAAUAAAAAAUACUCAACAUGGAGAUUGAAUGUUGUUCAUAUACGAGGAGUCCAAGAGAUGAAUACAAAUGAUGUUCUACAAUUUUUCAACGACUAUGAACCAGAUUUCAUCGAAUGGGUUAAUGAUUUAUCAUGUAAUGUAUUAUUUGCUGAUAAUCGAGCUGCGGCAACGGCACUUGAGGGUUUAACAGUCGCUUUAAUACUUCAUAAGAGUCAAGAUACUUUAGAAGGUGUUCCAGAGGAAGUUGAAGUAAUCGAUGCCAAUGAUAUCGAAUAUUCUGUUCCUCCUAAUCGCUGGAGAUUAGGAAAAUCGCAUGAUAAAGCUAAACAUCUUCUUCUAAGAUUCGCAUCGACAACUGAUAAAAAGAUGCCUGGAGCUCGAAAACAUAGUGUUUUCUAUGAGAAAUACGGAGUACCCGAUCCAAAGGAGCGAAGUGAAAAAGUAAAAGAAGCUCCAAGAAUAAGUGUUAGCAAUUCUAAGCUACGACGAAAUAUUUCUCGAACCAUUAGAAACAAUGAGUUAAUCGAAGUGAAAAAUGUCCCAGUUAAUAUGAAAAUGAGAGCCGAUGAAGAAGAGGAAAGAAGCCAUCAUCAUCUAGAUGAGAGACUUGGUUCUAAUGUACAUCGACGAGUUGGUGGAUUUAAGCAUAAAUCGAAAGGUUCAGUUUGGGAUCGUUUACAAACCUCAAAUUCUCGUGGAAAUAACAAUAACAAUAAUAGUAAUAAUAAUCAUCGAAACAAUCGAACUGUCAGAGUCUCUAAUCAAGGAUUAAGAGUUUUCUCUCGAUUGUCAAAACCUGGAAGAUUCUGAUCCAAGAUUCUCGAUUCGUCUGUCCAACCAACGAUUAAAUUAAAUCCAGUUCAUCAAUUUGGAAAGCUUAAUCAUCUUCAUCUUUAAUCGCCAUCAUCAUCAUCAAAAUAAGAAACUAUUUUUUAGGUUAAUAUCAUUUUUUUGUCUUCGAUUUUUUUUUCUCUUCCAUUUUGACGAUCGCCAAAUCUGUAAAUUGUCUUCAUCACUUUUGGAAUAAUUUAAUCAAUUAAUUUACCAUCAUCUCAUUAAUUUCUUAUCACUAGCAAUCAAAUAAAAUUCCAACCUUUAUUAAUAAGUUAA